CAUGAAUCUUCACCCACACAUUCCAAGCACACAGUACUUGCAGCUGCCAACUUUCGAUACCUUCGAUUUACCAAAAUUUGCCUUCGUCCUUCAUUCUACAACUGUUAUCAUGGCAUCUAAUUUGGGCUUCAAGACAUUGGCAGUCGUCCUUGCAGUUACCUUCUUUGUGCAAGGAACUCUCGGAGAAAUAACAUGUGAAAACCUUGACCAAGAGACAUGUGCGUAUGCGGUAUCAUCGUCGGGCAACCGCUGUGUGCUAGAGAAGCGUGUGAAAAGGAGCGGGGAGGAAGCUUACACGUGCGGAACAUCUGAAAUUAAGGCCGACAAAUCAAACAACCACAUUGAAACUGACAAGUGCAUUUCUGACUGUGGCCUUGACAGAAAAGUUCUCGGCAUCUCUUCCGACUCCCUCCUCGAAUCUAAGUUCACACAAAAACUCUGCUCCUCUCAGUGCUACGAUAACUGUCCCAACAUCGUCGAUCUUUACUUCAACCUUGCUGCUGGUGAAGGUGUGUUUCUUCCCAAAUUGUGUGAAGCAAGAGGAAAAAAUGUAAGAAGAGAAAUGUCAGAGAUCCGAAGCUCUGGUUUCACUGCAGCAGGACCCGCCCAAGCUGUGAAAUUCUUGUCUGAUCCAGUUCUGGCUCCUGCAGCUGCACCUCGUGUUUGAUUUGAUAGUUACAUAGACAAUGGAAUAUUUUUAUAUAUUAUAUACCUAUGUAAUUUUAAUAUUUUAUAAUAAAUGGUGUUGUAGCAAGAGUUUAGCAGAAAAGCUUGAGUGCAACUCCAUUAACUUUAAGAUUUUGUCCGUGUUGUGUAUGCAAGUCAUGAGCUGAAAUGGGCGCUGAGAUCGAUCAAUAACUCAACAGAGAUCUGUAGAAGUGACCAGCUAUCGAGCUCCAAUUUUCAUUUGUUUUUUACAAAGUUGCAUAGUAUACUGUGCCAUAGUUAUCUUUGUGACUUUGUUUGCUUUGUUCAUGUGAUCGGCAUGCAAAACUAAAUUAAUAAAAAUUUAAACAUGAUGCUUCCA